UUUCAUCACAUCUUCAAUAUCUCUCUGUACGCCGUUUUCCCUCAGUGAUCACUCCAAAACCCUAAACAAAACCACACCUCGCUCUCUGCACUUCACUUUCCCUUUCGAUCUUUUUCACUGAACACUUUCUCUAUUUCUUUUCUCCUCAAACAUUUCCAAUCCGAUAAUUGGCGAUACGCAGCAGAGUUUGGGAGGAAAAAAAAAAUUCCAUCAUGGCGGCUUCCACCACCAGCCAGGUCUAUAUUAAAGUAAUCGAAGAUGUCAUGAACAAGGUUCGGGAUGAGUUCCUCAACAACAGUGGUCCCGACGAGGAAGUUCUCAAGGAGCUUCAAUCUAUGUGGGAAUCAAAGAUGGUCCAAGCUGGUGUUAUUGUUGGUCCCAUAGAAAGGUCAGUUAUAUCUAAGCCAACGCUCGGUGGUCCAAUUACUCCGGUUCAUGAUCUUAACGUGCCUUAUGAGGGGACUGAGGAGUACGAAACUCCCACAGCCGAAAUACUUUUCCCUCCUACUCCGGCGCAAACUCCCAUCCAAACCCCUUUGCCUGGGACUGUGGAUAGCUCAAUGUAUAACAUUCCUACUGGACCUAGUGACUACCCAUCGUCUGGAAAUGAUUCUGGGGGAAAUACUGAGAUAAAAGGUGGAAGACCUGGUCCAUACAUGCAACCUUCUCCAUGGAUGAACCAGAGGCCUUCGCUUGACGUCAAUGUUGCUUAUGAGGAAGGGCGGGAUGAGGCGGACAGAGGAACUUCAAAUCAACCUCUGACUCAGGACUUCUUCACAAUGUCCUCGGGGAAGCGAAAACGUGAUGGAUUUGCUUCACAAUAUAAUUCUGGUGGAUAUAUACCUCAGCAGGAUGGAGCUGGAGAUGCUGCAUCUCAAAUUUUUGAAAUUGAAGUGUAUGGAGGGGGCAUCUCCAUUGAUGCAGGUUACUCUACUUCUGAAGGAAAAAUGCCAGCACAUUUGGAGAGGCCAGCUUCUCGGAUUCCUCAACUUGAUGGACCAAAUCCUUAUGAUGAUGAUGUUCUUUCUACCCCAAAUAUAUACAAUUACGGAGGAGUGUAUAGUGAAGACUACAACAUUGCAAAUACACCAGCUCCUCCCGAAGUACCUGCAAGUACCCCUGCUAUCAUUGUUCAAAAUGAGAUUGAAGAAGAUGAUGAUGAUGAGCCCCCGCUAAACGAAAACGAUGAUGAUGAUUUGGAUGAUUUGGAUGAUGAUGAUGAUGAGGAUCAAAAUACGCAUCAUCUUGUUUUGGCCCAGUUUGACAAGGUGACACGUACCAAGAGCAGAUGGAAGUGCACACUAAAGGAUGGUAUCAUGCACAUAAAUAAUAAGGACAUUCUCUUCAAUAAGGCGAAUGGAGAAUUUGACUUCUGAUUUUUUCGGGGAUGGGUCUGCCAUGUAGUGGCAGUGCUUUGGUGAAGCAUAAUUCCGAAGUGUCAUUGAGUGUUUCGUAAUCUUUCUCUGAUUAUGAUUAUUAAAUUGAAGCUAGAGGAAGAGAAAAGUCCUUAAUACUUUCGACACUGUUAUAUUGAUGCUGGCCUGUUGUACAUAAAGGAUGAGCAAAUUUUGGCCUUUACUCGAUACGUAUACUCUUGAGGCAUUUCCUGAAGUUUGCCAUUUGUCCCCUGGGAUAUGUAAUUCUAUUAGCUCUGUAUACUUGGACAUUUUGUAUUUCAUUUGAUAACUGCGCCUAUGGUAUUAGACAGUUUCCAUUGCCAUGUCUCUAGUGGUUAGCAAUUUAACCCUCGUAAAGAAUGACGAUAAUGUUCAGUGCGUCUUUCUUAGUUCCACCGUGAUCUCUGAAAGAGAGAAAGAAAGAAAAAGGGUUGAUUAAUGUAAAUUUCG